AUGCCUCCACACUCCCCAAUAACGGCACACUUCUCGGGCAAGCUCACAAGCCAAGUGCGGAGAGUCUUGCCCGCGUAUCUUGCUCUUAUCUUCCUCUUCUUGUUCUUCGCAAACACCCAUUUCUUCACAACACCCAUCCGAGCCGCCUCAAGAUACAAGCGCGAGCUCAGAUACCAACAACCGCUGCAAGCGGCCGAUACAGUCAUCCCAAGGAAGAUAUGGCAGACGUGGAAGGUUGGCCCUCUCGGAUUCGAGCAGCGCGACUCAGACUCAGCAAAGACAUGGCCGGCGAAGAAUCCCAGAUAUCGCUACGAAGUUUUGACCGAUGACAACGCGAAUGAGUACCUGGAGUGGCAUUAUGGCCCACAUGGGUUCAACAGGCCGGAUCUUGUUGAUCUGUACCGUGAGCUCAACAUCACCAUCAUCAAAGCUGACUUGCUCCGAUAUCUCGUAAUGUACGCGGAAGGCGGCGUGUAUGCCGACAUUGACGUGGAGUGUCUCCGGCCCAUCGACAGGUUCAUCCCCGAGCGAUACACUGAGCAAGAUGUCGACAUGAUCAUCGGGGUGGAAAUUGACGAGCCGGCAUUUUCGGACCAUGCUAUUCUCGGAUCCAAAUGCAAGUCGUUUUGCCAGUGGACAUUCGCCGCAAAGCCUAAGCUUCCGGUCAUGAUGAGGCUCAUCGAGAACAUACAAGACUGGCUACACGAGCUUUCAAACGACAAGGACGUACCACUAUCGCAGCUGGAACUAGACUUCGACGAAGUCAUCAGCGGAACAGGUCCAUCGGCUUUUACAAAGGCUGUUCUUGAACAGAUGACGGCGCAAAACCGUGGGAAGCCGGUGACGUGGGAUCUCUUCCACAACCUAGCGGAGUCGAGGCUGGUGAACGGAAUACUGGUCCUCAAUGUUGAGGCUUUCGCAGCUGGCCAAGGACAUUCUGAUUCGGGUAACCACGGUUCGCGAGGUGCCCUAGUCAAGCAUCACUAUCACGCUUCGGGCUGGCCGUCGCGUCACCCGCGACACAAUCACCCCAUGUAUGGCGAGGUGGAAAGGUGCAACUGGAAGCCGGAGUGUGUAGCAGAAUGGGAUAAGAACGUGGCUGAAUGGGACACACUACCAAAAGAAGAGCAGGAUAAGCGGAUAGCCAACAAGCCGCAGCCGCAUUGAGCUCCUAAGCCAUCCUCAUUGGGCGGUUGCAAGCAAACUAGAACGUUUUUCGGGCGAGAUGCUCGUUAUCGCAUAUGCGUACCGUGCUGAGGUAUCAGGACAAUCGCGACGCCGGGAUGAUGCUGAAGCACUACUAUCGCUGCGUGCACGUUUCAAUUCCCUUAAUUGUCUCUCAGCAUCUGGGGUCCCGCCAUGGAGCAUUGCGUAAAAGUUUUCCAACUGUGUUGGAUAGGUCUGAGAUGAGUCGAUCGAGGUUGAACAGUGGUAAUGGAGGUACACAGGUCGCGCUAGGGGUAGCGCAUGACGUAAUGAAUCUACCUCCAUCAGCUCAAA